CCGCCCCGUGACGCCGGUUGCCAUAGCGCCCGCGCCGCCGGCCAUGGCGGCCGAGGAGGAGGACGACGUGGAGUGGGUGGUGGACACCAUCGCCGGCUUCCUGCGGGGGCCCGCCUGGUCCAUCCCCAUCCUGGAUUUCAUGGAGCACAACUGCGAGGUUUUUGAUGAUGAAGAAGAAAGCAAGUUGUCUUACACAGAAAUUUAUCAGCAGUACCAAGCUCUGGUGGAGAGAUUACUAGAGGACUAUCUUAAAGAAGUUGGAAUUAAUGAGGAGAAAUUUCAAGAAGCUUUUUCUUCUCCUCUUGCAAAGACCCACACCUCACAGGCUAUUCUGCAAACAGUGUUGGCAGCAGAAGAUUUUAGACUGUUUAAAAAAAUGAUGGUACAGAAAAAUAUUGAAAUGCAACUGCAAGCAAUUCGAAUCAUCAAAGAAAGGAAUGGUGUAUUGCCUGAGUGUUUGACAGAGGGUUCUGAUGUAUUCAGUGAAAUUGAACAGGAAGAAAUGAAAGUACUCAGGGAGGUUCUAAGAAAAUCCAAGGAAGAGUAUGAAAUAGAACAAGACAGAAAGAGGUCUGAAGAAGCACGUGCUAAACUCAAAGCUCCAGAUGUUACCCACAAUUUUCCAAGAGAUUCGAGAGAAGCUGUUAAGGAAUCCACUGAAGGAGCUGAGGACUCUGAAGAAACUCCGAAAUGCCCUUUAGAGGGAUCUCAUAAAUCUACAAAAGAAGACCCCAAACCAGUUUGCCCAGUACAAAAAGGAACUGAAAACUUACCCCACCCCUCUUGUACAAGGGAGAAAGAAGACACUAAGAAAAGGUCUGCUGGGAAAGGUUCAGAGAACACAGUGCAAAAAGCUGGGGUGAAAGGACCUGAUUUAUCAGAAAUUGAAAAGCAGCAGCUGAAGCAACGUGAGGAUUACCUGAAGAAAAAACGAGACCUGCUGCUGGCUACAAAGAAAGAGUCAAAAAAUAAUGUACCAUCACCACCACCAAACACUGACCAGAAAGAGGAGGAAUCCCCUCCCAAAGAGGAAAUGUCAGAAGAGAAGCAAAGGCUGCUCCAGAAGAGGAAGAUGCUUGCAGAAAAGCUAAAAGAAGAAGUAAUUAGUAAGCGGUAGUUUUAAGAGGCUCAUUGUCGACCCCAUGAACAGAAGGAUGUUUUAGAAUAAAUUACCAGUAAGUGAAGAGAUUUCCAAUCUUGCACAAGGGAUUUAUAGAACUUUCAGACAAGCAGCUCAGUCCCUGCUAACUCCCUAUUGCAAAUGCCACUGAAACACACCACGAGCACUCGUUUUCCAGAGUGCUGGAAACUCCCUGACUCUGUCCUGCAGUGAGGCCGUGCCAUCAGUGCAGAGCACAGCCCUGCUCCAACCCUGAGCCCUGAGAGCAGAGGCAGCGAUGGAGAGCUGGGAAAGGAAUUCCUGUGGCAACAGCUCCAAGCUCAACACUUUAACUUUUUCAUUUUCAUAACAGGGCAGAACUUGGUUCCUUUCAUUAGCCCAUUAUAAACAAAUGGCUUUUUUCAGCUGCACAGUGUAAUAAAGUCUGGUUUCACGAGGAAGUGCACCCUCGACCACCUCAUUUGUGAGAAAGCCAGUGGACCUUGGGAGUCAAGACAUUGACAAAUUAACUCCAGGUUACAGUGGUUUACGGGCUUUUGGGGCAGUUUCCCAGUGCCCAGGUCCCAGUUUGCAAUAAAUACAAGUUUAAAUAAAAGGAGGUGCUUUAGUGCAAAGCUGAGGCUGUGUGGGUACUGACAGUGGUUGGAUUUUAGGCUUCAGGCACUACUAGAGUCUGUGUGAAAGACAAGCGAGCAACUUUUUCAUUCUGGCCUGGGAAAAUCUUAAGGAAGAAUUCAAACAAUCCUUGAGAAGUGAAAAACCAUCAGCAAGUGGUGUUUUUCCAACAUGUUUACUGGCAAGGUUGUUGACAAAGGCUCUGAAUGACCAAUCAUAUUCAUUGUGCCGAAGGACUCUAUAAAAAGACAACGUAGAAGAAUAAAGAUUACUCUCAUUUUCAUCA